AUGGAAAACCCAAUUUUGUCAGAUGCUCGUAAAUGGCUUGCUGCAAAUCCAUCGGAAUCUGUUGCUACCGCAAGCCGGAUUUUCAAAGUGCCAAAAUCAACGCUCCAAUCCUCAAUUACUCGACUUAAUCGUAUAGGAGUCGGCCGUGGAGGCCAGAAUAAGCUUCUUACAGCUACGCAAACGAAGGCUCUUAAGGAAUGGAUCACUACGCAGUAUAAGCAAGGACUUGGAGCUACGAAGCAGAUGACCUUUGCUGUUAAAUAUUCAAAGCCAGCUCCUACUUUACCAACGAUUAUACCAGCCUCUUUUCAAGAGUCCGAAGCGCAAUUACAGCACUGGAAAGUGACGCUUCCAGUUCUACUCAGUAGCCCAUCUCGACAGCGAUAUAACAACUGGGUUAUUGGUACAGAAACGGUAUUAGCUCACGGGCAACUUCAAGAAUUCAACCUCUCGAUUCUACAGCGGCAGGUUGACCAGCACAAGAAUAGAGGCCGUAAUAGCCGGUUACGCCUACAAAUCGGAGGAGCUCUUACCGUAGAUGAAGCCCGAGCUCUACAGACUGAAAAGGCAGAGCGAGUUGCGGAGAAAGAGGCAGCCAAAGAAGCCCGGAUAGCUCGUCAGGCUAGCAACCAAGCCCGCAAGCAGCUCAAACGGGCAGGAGUUGAAGCCCGGAAACAAGAACGCCUCCGGAAGAAGAGGGUAAAAGCCUAUAAAAAAGAUGGUAAUCCAAUUCCUCCGGAGGAUCAAGAUCCAAUUCCAGAUCCAGAGGCAGAGAGCGAAAGUGGGAUUGGGAGUGGGAGUGGGAGUGAGGGCCAGUUUGAGUGGGACGGAUAUGAGAAUUACGAGUAG